GUUCAUUGUAUUUUUGUGUAUGAGAGAGUCAUGGAAGAUGAAGGGCUAAAACUGAUUCUGUCAAGUGAAGAAGAAGAAAAAGAAGAAACAGUGAGUACAAAACUUGAGCUCACAGUGGAUGAAGUAAUAGAAGGGUAUGUGGGGUCCUUGGGGAUCUCCCAAGUGCUGCAUGUAUUGUUGGUGUCACUAGCAUGGAUAUUUGAUGCCCAGACUACAUUGAUCACCAUAUUCAGUGAUGCACAACCACCAGCUUGGAGGUGCAAAAUUCCUGGUCUGUGCCUUAACAACACUAGUAGUUCUGUUUGUGAAUUGGUGCCAGAGACUUGGGAAUGGGUUAAUGGCCACACAAGUUCUACCUUAGCUGAGUGGGGUCUCAUCUGUGACCGCAAAUUUCUUGCUGCAAUUCCUGCUUCCUUCUUCUUCCUGGGUUCUCUCAUAGGGUCUGCUGUAUUUGGUCGCUUAGCUGACUCAUGGCUGGGAAGAAAAAGAACAGUUCUAGUUUCAUGCAUCUUAACCUCCAUAACAGGAUUUGCUACAUCUCUCUCCCCAAAUGUCUGGGUUUAUGCUGUCCUUCGCUUUGCAAUGGGCUUUGCCAGAUCUGGAAUUGGCAUAUGCUGCCUUGUCCUCUCAACAGAGUCUGUAGGGCGUGAAUGGCGCGGUCAAGUAGGCCAGUAUGGCUUCUUCUUCUUCACAGUUGGGUUUCUUUCUCUCCCUCUUCUAGCUUACCCAACCAGAACUUGCUGGAGAAACUUGUACAGGAUCAUAUCCCUUCUCCCUCUUGCAUACUCUAUCCUAUGCCUCCCUUUUGUCUCAGAGUCACCACGUUGGCUUCUUGUCAGAGGUAGAGCCAAAGAAGCACUUGCAGUGCUCGAUAGAUUUGCAAGACUCAAUGGGAAGAAAAAACUCCCUGACACUCUAUGCCUGGCAAAACCAUCAGGAGCCAAACUUGCCACCAAGAGUGAAAAAGAAACAAACCCAGAAAACAACAAAGAGAGCCUUUGGACUACAGAAUGGGCUGCAAAAAGAAUGGCCAUUGUUAUGUUAUCUGGAUUUGGAGUUGGGUUUGUUUACUAUGGGAUUCAACUGAAUGUUGAAAAUUUGAACUUCAAUCUUUACAUCUCAGUCACCCUCAAUGCACUAAUGGAGAUCCCUGCGGUUCUAGUAAGCAGCUUCCUCUUGGGCUUCACAAACAGACGCUUACUGUUCUCUGUGUCCACUUACAUGGCUGGGAUUUCUAGCCUCUUAUGCACUUUUCCUGCAGGCAAAGGAUCAAACAGUUUGAAGGCACCAAAAAUGGGAGGGAAUUGGAGUCAAUUGAUCACCGAAUCAAUUGGAUUCAUGGGUGCUUCUACUGCAUUUGACAUUCUAUAUGUUUACUGUGUAGAGCUUUUCCCCACAAACGUGAGGAACUUUUCAGUUUCGAUGCUGAGACAAGCUUUGAUGUUAGGGGCUUCCAUGGCGCCUUUGGUGGUAGUGGUGGGACGUUUGAGUUCGUCAUUUUCGUUUCUGGUAUUUGGUUUGUUAUCGAUCAGUAGUGGGUUGGUGAGUUUGUGGCUUCCUGAGACUAGAAAUGCUCCAUUGUAUGAGACGCUGAAACAGCAAGAGCAGAAAGAGAGGCUUAACUGGGUGCCUGGAGAUUCGGGCUUGGAACUUGGAAUAUGACUGCAAGAAAAGCUUUGAAAUAAGUGCGCGAAAAUCUCUUUUAGUUUAGCUUCUGUUUUGUGUAGAUUCAUAGCUGCAAGGAAUGGUAGCCUUGUUUUUCCUGUAAAUUGUCCCUGUUGAAAUGUUUUUCAUAUUACAAAUUCAUCACUUUA